AUGUCGGUAAAAGAUAGGACUUCCGAAUUUCACGCUGCUGUAGAAUCGAUCCGUUCAAGGUCUUCAAAUGGUCACGGUGGCUUUCAGGCAAGGCACAAUUUGGAACAUCGUCGACCUUUGCUGGGCGGUAAUAAUACCGGAGGCAAACCUAUUAAUGGUUCGAAUGGGUUAAAUAAAGGUGAAUUCUCAAGGAUGGCUGGAGCGAUUGGGAAAGAUAUUAAUAUGACGACAGCAAAAUUACAGAAAUUGACGAAAUAUAUUGCAAAAAUAAAUAAGCAAAUAGCCCUUCUUCAACAAUAUGUUCGAGAACAUAGAAAGAAUAACAAACAGGCUGAUGAACAUUCUUCAAAUGUGGUUGUCAUGCUACAAUCAAAAUUAGCUAGUGCUAGUAUGGGCUUCAAAGAUGUGCUUGAAAUUCGGACUCAGAAUAUGAAAGAAAGUAAGGAUAGAAGGGAACAAUUUAUGUUUUCAAGUAAUCAGCGAGCCAAUACUCCAGCAGCAAAUUCGCCGCUAUAUAACACUCAGAAGCGCAAUGAGCAACAAAACACUGAUUUUCUUGCUCUUGAUAUGUCGUCGGGUCAGGUUCAGCAACAACAAUUACAAUUGAUCGAACAACAAGAUAAUUAUAUCGAAAGUCGUGCAACUGCGAUCGAAUCAAUUGAAUCUACUAUAGCGGAACUUGGUAAUAUUUUUCAACAACUUGCACAAAUGGUAGCUGAACAGAGAGAGACUGUCCAAAGAAUUGAUGCAAACACUGACGAUAUUCAAACACAUGUACAAGGAGCACAAAAAGAGUUGCUUAAAUAUUAUGCAAGCAUCUCUUCAAACCGCUGGCUUAUGUACUUGGCGAUCCUAGUCGAAACACUCAAAAGAAACUCUUUGAUGGCAAAGUAG